GCUCCGGUCCCGGCGGCAGAAAUAGGGCAGCCGCGGCGGCGGCGGCACAGCAGCGGGCAGCGGCGGCUCGGACGGCCGGAGCCUUCGCAGCUCCGCGAGCCCAGGACCCGCCGACAGCCAGCGAGACCGAGCGAAGGACGCGGGGCCGGGUGGCCGCCGCCGCCGCCGCCACUGGCGCUCGCUCCCUGUCGCCCGAGUCCGGCCGCCUGGUCUUCCUCUCGGCCCGGCAGCCUCAGACUCAACAGAAUGAAGCCAGGAGGCUUUUGGCUGCGUCUCACGCUGCUCGGGGCCUCUCUGCCGGCCGCGCUGGGAUGGACGGAGCCGGGAACCAGCGGGGGCCGGAGCGUGGGUGUGGCGGAGUCACAGUCAGAGGAAUCCAGAAGCUUUGAAGUCACAAGAAGAGAAGGGCUUUCCGGCCACAGCGGGCUGCCGGCCUCCUGCGGGGAGAAGUUCUGCGGCCGCGGCAGCCGGUGCGUGCUCGUCGGGGAGACGGGGCAGCGUGAGUGCCGGUGCCUGGCGGCGUGCGGGCCCAGCUAUGUGCCCGUGUGCGGCUCCGACGGCAGGUUUUAUGAGAACCACUGCGAGCUCCACCGCGCCGCCUGCCUGCAGGGGAAGAAAAUCGCCAUCGUGCACAGCAAGGAGUGUUUCCUCAAAGGUGACAGGUGCACCGUGGCUGGCUAUGCCCGCCUGAAGAACGUCCUCCUGGCGCUCCAGACCCGCCGGCAGCCCCUCCGAGAAGGGGACGGCAGGCAGGACCCCCCCUCCCAGAAGCGCCUCCUGGUGGAAUCUCUGUUUAAGGACCUGGACGCAGACGGCAACGGCCACCUCAGCGGCUCUGAGCUGGCGCAGCACGCGCUGCAGGAGCCGGGCCCCGACGAGGACCCGCGCGGCUGCUCUCCGGCUGACCUCCUGCGGUUCGACGACUACAACAGCGACGGCUCCCUGACCCUGCACGAGCUCUACACGGCCUUCCAGGUCGUCCAGCUCAGCCUGGCCCCCGAGGACAGGGUCAGCGUGACCACGGUGACCGUGGGGCUGAGCACAGUGCUGACCUGCGCCAUCCGCGGGGACCUGCGGCCACCGAUCGUCUGGAAGCGCAACGGGCUCACCCUGAACUUCCUGGACUUGGAAGACAUCAACGACUUCGGGGAGGACGAGUCCCUGUACAUCACCAAGGUGACCACCGUGCACAUGGGCAACUACACCUGCCACGCCGCCGGCCACGAGCCGCUGUUCCAGACCCACGUCCUGCAGGUGAAUGUGCCACCGGUCAUCCGCGUCUACCCGGAGAGCCAGGCCCAGGAGCCCGGGGUGGCGGCCAGCCUGCAGUGCCACGCGGAGGGCAUUCCCGUGCCCAGGAUCACCUGGCUGAAAAACGGCAUGGAUGUCUCCAGCCAGAUGUCUAAACAGCUCUCCCUCCUGGCCAACGGCAGCGAACUGCACAUCAGCAGCGUCCGCUACGAAGACACAGGCGCGUACACCUGCAUUGCCAGAAACGAAGUGGGCGUGGACGAAGACAUCUCCUCGCUCUUCGUCGAAGACUCGGCCAGGAAGACCCUUGCGAACAUCCUGUGGCGUGAGGAAGGCCUCAGCGUGGGGAACAUGUUCUACGUCUUCUCCGACGAUGGCAUCGUCGUCAUCCACCCCGUGGACUGUGAGAUCCGGAGGCGCCUGAAACCCACGGAGAAGAUCUUCAUGAGCUCGGAAGAAAUCUGUCCUCGGCGAGGAGGGGACGCAGCCCAGCCCUGCCAGUGGGCGUCCGCGGUCAACGUCAGGAACCGCUACAUCUACGUGGCACAGCCGGCCCUGAGCAGAGUCCUUGUGGUCGACAUCCAGGCCCAGAAAGUGCUGCAGUCCAUAGGUGUGGACCCUCUGCCGGCAAAGCUGUCCUAUGACAAGUCACACGACCAAGUCUGGGUCCUGAGCUGGGGGGACGUACACAAGUCCCACCCAAGCCUCCAGGUGAUCACGGAGGUCAGCAGCGGCCGGGGCCAGCACCUCAUCCGCACCCCGUUUGCAGGAGUGGACGACUUCUUCAUUCCCCCGACAAACCUCAUCAUCAACCACGUCAGGUUCGGCUUCAUCCUCAACAGAUCUGAGCCCGCGCUGCACAAGGUGGACCUAGAGACGCUGGCGCCGCUCAAGACCAUCGCGCUGCGGCGCCACGGCUGCGCGCCCCGGGCCAUGGCGCACACGCACCGGGGCGGCUACUUCUUCAUCCAGUGCCGGCGGGACGGCGCCGCCCCCGCCGCCCGGCAGCUGCUCGUGGACGGCGUCACGGACUCGGUGGUCGGCCCCAACGGCGACGUCGCCGGCACCCCGCACGUGUCCCCGGACGGGCGCUUCGUGGUCAGCGCCGCGGCCGACAGCGCCCGGCUGCACGUGCAGGAGGUCACCGUGCGCGGCGAGAUCCGGACCCUGCUCCGCCUGGCGGUGUCGCCGGGCGUGGCGGACGUGGCGUUCCAGCGCUCCCCGGCGGAGGCCGGCGGGUACGACGCGUACGCGGCGCUGCAGGCGGCGCCGGGGCUGCUGCGCCUGGAGCUGCCCGCGGGGCGGAGCCGCCUGCUGGGGAAGCCGGCGCGGCCCCGGGGACAGCCCCGGGGAGGGUCCCCGAGCAUCGUGAGGGACAGCGGGCUCUUCGGGCGGCACCUGCUCGCCGCGGCGCGCGAGUCCCUGGUCCUCGUCGACGGCAGGCGGAACGCGCCGCGGUGCGAGGUGCGGGGCGUGAAGGGCGGGACCACGGCCGUGUGGGUGGGCGAGGUGUGAGGCCGGGGACCCGCCCCGGGCGGCCGCGUGUACAGUUCUGGACAAAACCCUGUAUCGCUCCGUGGUGACGCUGGUCCCCCUGCAAGUUUCCUGGUGCCAGGUCUGCGCCGCUGCGAGGCGGGGUCCGUGGGGACAUCGAUCCACGCCGGGAGCCGCAGCGAGGACACGUGCGACACGUAUUGCCGCCGCCCGCCGCUGCCUGGGGCCGCGGGAUCCUGCUCUUCCGGCUGACGCUCCGUCUGUCGCCUCGGCGCAGUCACCGUCCUUUCCCGCCAGCCCCGGCCGGACUUCCCCCUGGCGACUGGCCUGGAGGCAGAGGCCGAGCGCCGGGCUCUCCGUCCGCGUGGCCGCCGCCCUGGCCGGGCCCCGCCGCCUUCCCGGCCGCCGCUUGCUUUUCCUUCCAUUGACUUGUCGGCCUGCGGGA